CACACAGCCGGCGAAGCCGUCUGUCUCUGAAAGAAGCCGAAUCACCUGUCAUAUUCAGGUGUUCCCGUACGCUCAACCACACGCACCCUUCGUUUAUUCGUAUUUCCUUCUGUCAGGCUCCGGGUGUGGUCUACUUUUCAUAGCACAAUUUCGAGAACUAUGGAAUCUUCAAGUAUGACAACUCAUCAAGAAGAGCCAUUGGAUUUGUCAACUGGAAAUCAUGGAAACUCAGAACUGUCCGAUGAGCAGCAGAUCAUGCAAGUGAUGGAAUCAUGUGGCAUGUUUUUACAACAGAACCUUUUUGCUUGGUUUCUUCAGUCCAUGCUUGAAGCAUCUGCAUCUCAACCUCAAUUAACACAAGAUGAGCCACCAGAAAAUGAUACAAAGGAAAAUGACCUCGUUAAGCAAAACAAAUCAGAAGUUAAUGACGAAAAUGAGUCUACUCCAAGUCCAACUCAAAAUAGCAGGCGAAGAACUUCCACUGGGAAGAUUGAUAGAAGAAUGGUCGGAAAAAUGUGUACGAGAAGAUAUGAAGCCAAUGCAAGAGAAAGAAAUAGAGUUCAACAACUUUCAAAAAUGUUUGAUCAAUUGAGAGUCUGCCUUCCAAUAGAGGAUGACGCAAAAAUAUCAAAGUUGGCUACGUUGAAGGUUGCAAGUUCUUACAUUGGAUAUCUCGGAGCUAUUUUACAAGAAAACUCAAACGACGAAGAAGAAUUUAAAAAACAACUUCAAGUCGAAUUGGAAUGUGCAAAAACGUUACGAAAGUAAAAGUACACAAUACUCUGUUGAAUAUUUCCAACCCUGUUCUCAUUCUACUUGAUCUCUGUGAUUAACAAAAACCGUAUUGUUGUUUCCAGCUUUUCGGUUUAUAAUUGUUUGAUGUCAUCGUUUUACCAUUUCCGAUGAACUUUUUUUUUAUUAUAAAUUCUUGUUAUUGAAUUUAAAUAAAAAUUGAAAU